AUGUCUGUCCCUGCGAGUUUGGCUUCUUCACCAAUUCUCUCAUUCACAGAAGCAGCCACUUCCGUUUCACAACUCCACCAAGCUCAUGCCUACAUGCUCAAAACUGGCCUUUUUCACCAAACCUUCGCCGCGAGCCGCCUCGUGACGGCGGCCACCACCAUCUCUUAUCACAGCCUUUCCUACGCUGAAUCCAUUUUCGCCCACGUUCACCGGCCCAACUCGUAUAUGUAUAAUACCAUGAUACGUGCAUAUGCAACUAGUGAGACUCCAAUUUUAGCCUUUACCAUCUUUCAUAAAUUGGUUUGUGAAGAUAGUGAAGUUUAUGCAGAUAAAUAUACUUUCACGUUUAUUCUUAAAGCUUGUGCUAGAGUUUGUAGAGGUAAAGAAGGGAAACAAAUUCAUGGAAUUGUCUUGAAGAAUGGACUUGGAGAUGAUGAGUAUAUAAACAAUACUUUGAUUCACAUGUAUGCGAAAUGUGGAUGCUUCAAAGUGGCACGUAAUUUGCUUGAUAGGAUGUGUAAAGAUGAUGUUGUUUCGUGGAAUGCUUUGUUGAGUGUAUACGCAGAGAUGGGAUUGGUAGAGUUGGCGCGUAAAUUGUUCGAUGAAAUGCCGUUGAGAAAUGUGGAGUCUUGGAAUUUUAUGGUUUCCGGUGCAUAUGCCAAGGCUGGUGCUUUUGGUGAAGUUUUGGUGCUUUUUGAGGAUAUGCAGAGUUUGAAGCGGUGUUUGGCUGUGGCAGUGGUGACGAGAUGGAGAUAA